GGCUCUGAGCAGUGGGCAUGUACAGUGACAGAACAACUGGUUGGAUGAGUUUUGGGAACUGAAUGAACAGGCUGCAGCAGAGAGGUGUGCUCACACAGAGCAGAUCAUGACGGCAGCAGAGCCCAGCCCUCUGACCACUCACGUGCUGAACACAGGAGACGGCGUCCCGGCAGCCAGAAUGGCCCUCAGCUUGCACCGGCUCGACUCCAAACUGAUCAUCUGGAACAUGCUGAGUGUCGGAGAGAAGUUUGGGGGGUUUCCUGCUCACUUCAAUGCAAUAUCAACAGCACGAAUCAGGACAACGAACGAAGACGGACGCUGCUCGGGACUCAUCAGCCGAGAAGCUUUCAGCCCCGGCAUGUACAAGCUGCGCUUUGAGACGGGUUCAUACUGGGACAAUCUGGGUCAGACAUCCUUUUACCCAUAUGUAGAGGUUGUGUUUACCAUUACAGACCCUGAUCAGAGAUUUCAUCUCCCUCUGCUGAUGAGUCGGUUCUCCUACAGCACCUACAGAGGAAGCUGAGGGCUCUGAGGACGACCAGCUGCAGCCUCAGCACUCUGCAAUCAGACAGACAGACAGACAGACAGACAGAAAGAGAGACAGAGACAGAGGAGAUUUAUUUACAUGAAUCUAUGCAGUCUAUUUUUUAUUUUUUUGUCUUUGGCAUAAUUCUACAUUUUUGUAAAUAUACAUCAGUUGAUUUACAAAUGUUAUUUUGUGAAAUAUUCCUUUAACACUUCACUUUGGUCUAUUUAAGAUGAGAUUAAGUUGUUUUAGAGUUACUUAUUAAAUGCAUAUUUAACAUA